UUCAAACAUUUCAAAAGUUUCUGCUCUCUCUCUCUCUCCCUCUCUCUCUCUCUCUGUGAUCAGUGAUCUCUCUCUUACUAUGGAGAGGGCGGAGGCAGAGAAUGAAAGAAGAAGUAGAAGAGCAGCAGCAAAGCAGAGGCAAGUGAUUCUGAGGCAUCAUGCUCACCUUGCUUUACCACCUCCUCCGAUAACGACAAUCGUAAGAGCUCCGUCGAGCGAGGCGAAGCUAGCCGCCAUAGCUAUCGAUUUGAACGUACGCCUCAGGGCGGCCGAUAUGCCCGCCUCCCUGCAAGAGCGCGCCUUCCGAUUCGCCAGAGCGCUUCUCGACGCAAAUCCUCAGGAGAAGCGUCCCAAUCCCACCCACUUGGCCAUGUCCCUCAAGAAGGAAUUCGAUUCGGUGUACGGUCCGGCAUGGCAUUGCAUUGUUGGGAAGAGCUUUGGAUCGUUUGUGACUCAUUCCAGUGGAGGAUUUGUGUAUUUUUCGGUGGAGAAACUGAGUUUUCUUGUGUUCAAGACCCAAGUUCGGCCGGUCGUUCAGAGUCGUCGUCAAAUCAACUUUGUUACCAAAACUUAGAAUGACCAAUAGUAUUUCAUUUUAAUACCUGCAAAACUUGGUUUUUUCCGAUUUUGCUUAGUGAAGCAUAUUUAUACUACUAGUCAAGAGGAACCUUCCGAAGAAUCUUGGUAGCUAAGAGUUUCUUUGAGCAAUUAUCAAUCCUUUUUGGGCCACCGCGAGAUGGUUUGUUAUUGUUGUUCUUCUUGCUAUUAAUAUGAAUUUUACAGAAGCUACAACUUCAUA